CUCGGUUGGCCACAAAGGUGCUCUUCUAUCGUUGUGUGAAGCGGAUAGUUCAUGAUGGCUCCGGUGUGUUGGUAUAAUUGAAGUGACGGAAGCCCGGCAAGGUGUGGUGGCCACGUUCUUGCACGAUGUAAACAGCUCGACCAGGUCGAGCUCCAGUGCACCGGAUACCGUUGACGAAGACGGCCGUACGUGGUUUUGCCACUCGACAUUCUUCCACGAGUUACGCUAGUUAAUGGCGCGACGCCUCUUCUCGAUGUCGUAGUCAAUGGAUCGUUCGCUAUUGCUUAUCGACUUCGUCAUUCUUCAGACUCUUCAUAUUCUUCUAUCUUCAUUUUCCUAUAUUUUUCGCUGUCACAUAUGUUUAGGUGUUUUUGAUAAGUUUUGUUGAAUCUCUUUAAUUGAAUUAUUUAUCGAAGAUUACUUUUAUGCGAAGCUUUUAUUAGUGGCCAUAUGAAAGAUUGGUGACAACACAGUGAUACGAAAAAGUGAACGUAAACGUUAAAGGACAGAUAAGACAAAGAGCGACGCUCAACGACUGUCUCCGUCUAAAAGACGUAGCGUCGUUUCGUCGAAAACGUAGAAUAAUCAACGUGGAGUGAUUAAAUCGAGAGACUGCUAAGUACAUUAAAUUGACGUAACAACGCGAAGCAUCGGUCUCUGAGGUGUGAUUAUACUUGCGGUAACAAUUUGCGAUAUCAGACUGCGUUAGUUGAAUACAUUGGAUUAGCUGUACUCCGUGAAUCGAUGGAAGAUGUAUCGUUACGCGAUACGGUUCAAGUGCAUCGUCGAGGAAAACAAACAGGGAAAUCAUAUCUGCUACCAAUAAGAGAAAAGUUCUAAUCUUUCAAUUUCUCCUAGCCUAUAUAGUGUAAGGUAACAUUCAUAGCGUAAUAGACUUACAGUGUGAAAGUAGACACGCACGGAGAUCGUAAUGUGGUUGUUGGUUGAUUAAUUACUAAUCGCGUUCUAAAUUGAGUUCGUACGAGCUAUCGUUGAUUAAAGAAGCUUGUUUAAAUACUGUUCCUACCCUCGUAUCGCGGUAACGAAUGUGUUUUUCACGUGUGGACUGCUCAUUAACCAGUUCACAAAGUCUGCAACUCAGAGACAACACAGGCGAUACACUGAUCAACUGGUCACCUCUGCGGUACAACUAGAUUGAUUGCACCGAAACUCUGGUUCCAGGCCAUUUCAGCUGACCAUCGAACGUCUGGCGAUUAAAAGUGCUCACGUGUGAAACCGCGUGGUUUGUCACGAGACGACGAUCGAACGCGAGGGAACAAAGGACAGGCGGUCGUUUACUGGCGCAGCGACUCGUGAAAAAGAUUUCUCUUUGUCCUAUGAGUCAGGCGAAUCGUAGAAUCUGAAGAGGCGUCUCGAUGUUGCUCUCGAACCUGGGCUGGAUGAAAGAGUAUGUUCAUCGAUCGACUCGGAGACCUUCGAUAAAAUCUUCUUCCGCGAGACGUCCUUACCUCUCUCUUGGCCUUAUCGCUUGAAACGCAGCUCUAGAGAUAGUCCAGGUCGACCUGUCGUCGGCUCGUGAGUACACGACGCGCAAUAAAAUCGCUGCAUGCAAAUCCACGCCGCUGCUAGUCUUCGUGGGAUCGUUUCGUGAAUAUUCAACAGGACUCGGUGAAACGGGCCAUUGAUUGAACAAAGAACUUCCGUGUGGAAAGUGACGAACGGUAUCGCGACGAUGAGGAACGACUUAACGGGGAACCUUUCGGCCCGGCCUUAUUAUUUCGCAUGACGCCGCAUACAGUUCGAUCGCGUCAUCAUGAACCUUAUUUUCGCCAGCCUGUUCCAGUACCGGUGAAUAUCGGUGAAUUGUUUCGGGAUACUCGUUGAUCUACUGUCGCUACCGUGGAACAUCGCUGGUGCUUGAUGAGAUGAGCUUGUUGCGAUUCGGGCCUUUUAAAGAUGCGAAAAAGCAAAAUGGGGCGGCAUUACGGACGAACAGUUUGGGCUCGGGGGCAAGAACACCACCCCUUGAGAGGAAAAGCAAAUUUUCAGCCCUCGGUAGACUCUUUAAACCGUGGAAGUGGAAACGGAAAAAGAAAUCGGAUAAAUUCGAAGCUGCCUCAUUGUCGCUCGAGAGGAAAAUCUCUGUACGUGCUAGCAGAGACGAGUUGGUACAGAAAGGAAUCCUGUUGCCCGUCAUAAGGUCCACGUCGUUUCCGGAAAAUGAAACGGCCGGCGACUCUCCCGACGGUCAGAAGCCGCCAACGCCGCAACAGACUCCCCAGCAGCAGCAACAGCAGCAACAACAGCCGCAACAGCAGCAACCAGCCGCUGGGGGUAUUGGUACCGGUGGCGUUGGUGGUGGUGGCACUCCUGCAGCAACACCCACGUCAGCCGGUACCGUGCAGCAAUCCCAACAAUCCCAGCAAGUAGCAUCGGCCACGCCGACCCCUACGACUGCCAAUCCGCAUUCUACAGGACCGCCCAGCAAUCAACCCUCGCCGCAUCCCUCGCCCCUUUAUCCAGGGAUACCACAGCCAGGUCAGCCCAACGGCAGCACGCAAGAGCCGAAGAAGGAAAAGACUGAACAGAGUGCAAAUGGCGCGGUAUCGCCGAGCGGUGAGCCGCAAGCGAAUCAGGGCACGGCUACGACCGUGCCGAUCUCGGUGGCACCCCCGAAUUCGGGGAACCAGCAAAAGCCGAGUAGGCCGAACACCCUGGAAGCCAGGGUGGUAGCCAGGAGACUGAUCUUGUUCGACACUGAGUUGGAGAAGGGGGUCCUAGACCAAAGCAGCGAAAACCAGCAGGUAAUCGAGAGGUGUUAUCCUCUCCCACCUCAGAAUACGUUGAUGUUGUCGGAACUUCCGGAACCGCCGAUUCCUCUGAGCGAAAUUGGGCCGAUUCCGCCUCCUCCAAUGUUCAGCUCUUCGAGUCCUACCCUCUUGUUGGCUAAGCAACGGCAAAUACGGAAUCCUUUGUCGUCCGACUACGAAGAAGAAGAGGACGAAGAAGACUUCGACGUGGAGGAAGAAGACAACAUGUACGUGCCGAGGAUGUCGCAGCCGGACCCGGCCAUCGACACGUCCAGGGUUGAGGAGAUCCCCGCGAAGGAGCCUAAGUUUCACGCGGUGCCGCUGAAGAGUGUGCUGAAGAAGAGGGGUUCCGGAAGUGGGCCUGGCACGCCGCAGAACACGCCAACGCAGGAGAACAGGCCGUUGACCCUUCGUCAGGAGCUGCAUGCCUCCUUCAAAAGGCCACCGUUGAGGCCUAGGAUGAGAAUAUGCAGUCGACCGGUCAGAUUUGGCCUCGCUUUGCCGUGCACUUUGGAGAACAAGGAGAACGCGCGGCCGUACGUGAUAAGGGAGGACGCUGACGGCGAUUCCGGAGACGGACAGGUACUCUACAGGGAUGAGUACGACGAUGAGAAAAGCCGGUUGGCAGCAAAGAUUGCGCGCAAGGAGUCGUUGUCGCUGAAGCUCGCCCUCAGGCCAGAUAGGCAGGAGCUCAUCAACAGGAACAUCCUUCAACUACAGACGGACAAUGAGAGGCAGGAAACGAAGGAGGCAAUUGGUGCCAAGCUUAUCAGGCGGCUGAGUAUGCGGCCGACACAGGAGGAACUGGAGGAAAGAAACAUUUUGAAAAAGCAAAGUCCUGCAGAGGAGAAGAAACAAAAAGAGGAGAAAAAGCGGUAUCUACUGCGAAAGCUCAGCUUUCGACCGACCGUCGAGGAGCUCAAGGAAAAGAAGAUUAUCAGGUUCAACGACUACAUCGAAGUCACGCAGGCUCACGAUUACGACAGAAGGGCUGAUAAACCCUGGACGCGAUUGACUCCAAAGGACAAAGCAGCCAUUAGAAAGGAGUUGAACGAGUUUAAGAGUUCGGAGAUGGCCGUUCAUGAAGACAGCCGACACCUCACCAGGUUCCAUAGGCCAUGACAAUUGCAAUGUGUUGAGGUGCUACAGUGUGGUGCGGGUAUAGGUGAAGGUGCAGUGUGGUGGCCUCGCGUCGAGGCUGGAUAACAAAAAUAAAAUCUCUCUCGGUUGAUCGUGGCUACCGGGGGUAUUUCACGACAAGAGGAAUUUUUGCUAAUACUCCGUUUGUACUCGGGGCGACGGUGACGGUGGUUUCUUUUUAUGACGUUGCUGCGUCGUGUUGUCAUUCGUCGUCAUCGUCCUCGUCGUCAUCGUGUCAUGCAUUGCGUCUCUCUCAUCGGUAGAUCGUCCUAUCCAUCACCCACGCAUCGGGGUCAUCCGCCAUUCGCGCUGACGACGAACGUCUCCACGACGUCGACGAAGAUUGUGAUAUAGGGUGGCCCGUCCUAUGGAGUAAUUGAGAAAAGAGAAAAAGUAACAAAACGAUCGCGUCGGGUCACUCGCUGAUUUCUCUUCGUUAGAAAAAAAAAAGACUCGUUCACGCCUGAGCUCACCUAACGCGUCUAUUAAAACUACUCCGUUCUUUGGAUAAAAUUGUCGGAAUGUCCAGUGUGACGAUCUUUUUGAGCACUUUUGCAUUCUUUCGAUGCCAAACUAAGCAAAUGAAUAGAGAGAAAUAAAGAAGAAGGAGAGGAGAUUGAUAGAAGACUAAGAUUGCAGCGUUAGAAAUUUGCAACUUAGAAAAUCGAAAACGUCGUUCUAUAAUGAUAUGAGACUCUUUUUGUACGAAUGUUCGUGGAGUUCGAACUAUUUAAAAAUGAAAGAGCAGGUGAUUGCUUGUUUCAUUUAAGAUUGAUGCUCCACGUCGACUACGAAACUUUGCCAUCUCUCAGAAUUUCUUAUUGCGAGGCAUUGACUUGACUUUUAUGGGGAAUACGAGAUGUAACUGAGAAGAGAGAUUUAUAUAUCCUUAAAGUACAUUUUCAGAUAAACUCUAAGAUAAUAUGCAAAUUAAACGUAUACAUUGGAAGUAGCUAGAUGAAGAUAGAAAGAUAGCACGAUCGACGAAGGUGGCUCUUCAAACAGUCCCUCUUCAUGAUAGAAGAAAUUCGUUUAAUAGAGGGAAGGGAAAAAGAGCACGUGAGCUCGUAGGUGAACGGGUCUUUCCGUAGAUUUUAGAUCAUAACUUCUCCUUUUGCCAUCAGGCUAGCUCGUCAGUGUCACCUGGCAACAAAACGCGUAUGCGUAAAGAAAAAAGCGACUCCUAAAGAAAAAGGUCUUAAUCCUUCAGCAUUCGUGUGAUAACAAUAUCUUGCGGAUAGUUCGCAAAAUACUCAAACUCGACGUGAGAUGAAUGUGCAUCACGAUAGAUGAUUAAAAAACAAAUGAAAGAAAAAUGGAGAAGAACGUCGAUUAGAAAGAUUGAUUUAGCUUUCGAUUUAGUUGUUUAAAGAUGGGUUAGUUUGAAAUAUUUUUAUACGUUGACGUUCAAUAAAAAAAACCGAUAGAGAAUUGUUAUCAUCGACUCGGCACGAAAGAAACGAUUUUUUCAAUCAAACGAAAUAAAAGCCUCGUUUUUUUAAUCGACAAAACGAUCGAACAAAGAGUAAGAGAAAAAUGAAAAAAAAAAAAGGAAAUACAAUGAAAAAAAAAACCCAUAGCUUCGUGGUAUAUAUGGCGACUAUUAUGUGAUUUAUCGAUAGAAUUCCACGGAUCGUGAUUUUUAUCGACUUUUAAUAACCGAUGACUUUGUUGUUUGUAUCGCGCUAACGUUGCGUAGAAUUUAUUAUAAUUAAGCAUUGUUCCAUUUUUGCGCGCGGACAGAGACGUGUUUUUUGAAUCGACUCGUGUGCGAAUAUCUAAGACAAUCUUGUUCGAAUUGACAAGAAAAAGAAAAAGAAAAAGAAAGAACUAUUUUUCUUUUUUACUGCCAGGUAUCACUAUUUCUCUAUUUGCGGAGCUGCCUUGAGGAGCAAACGCUUUAUUGACUUACUAUACACAGAGGAAACACACAGAGACGAAAUGGAAAAUAAUGGAACGUGCGAGAAGUGGACGCGAGGAAACAAAAGAAACAAAAAUAUAUAUAUAUAUAGUUGUAAAAUUCCGUUUUAGCGAUGAACUCGAUGAGAAAAUGGAAAAGGAGAGAAAGGGGAGAAAGGAAGGAAAAAUGCAUUGUGCAAUUACACACACUUUGUACAGAAAUAAUAUACAUAGUGCGUAUUUUAGUGGUUAUUAUUAUUGUUAUUGUCAUCGCUAGCGACACUGCGAUCCUCGUUGAUUUUCGAUCACGCGUUUCGAUCGUGGAAGCAUCGGUCUUGAAACAACAUAAGAAACAUAAAUUUUGUCUACGCUAUAUUAUAUCGGUUACGCCAUCGAUCGUUCUAUUAAAAUUGAUCGUAGAGUAGACAGAAUUGGUCGUUUGAUCGGCACGUAGACAUAUUGUAAUCAAUUGGAUAGAUGAUUGAUCAAAGAGACGUAAAGAAUACGUUUCAUAGGAGUUUUCUUAAAAAGAAAAGGGAAGAUAUGAAAGAAUCGAAACGUGUUUCGAUGUCUUGCACGCUUAAAUCCCCACACUCCCUCGAAGCUUCCUGUCCUUGCAAGCAUGUGAUCGUCAUCCGUUUUAACGCUCGUGUAAGCUUGCGUCGAGACCAAAUCGAUAAAAAGAGAACUCGUCGCUGACGUCUUCUGCUUUCGAUGAACAUCGUGAAAUUAAAAAAAAAAAUGAAAUGGAACAGAAAUAACAACAACAAGAAACGAGAUUGCAAAAGAAGAACAAUUAAUAAUCUGUUCUGUCGACGAGUUUUUCACGUCGAGAAAUUACGAAGAAUUUUCUUAAUAAUUUCUGGACGUUCUCAACUUUAAUUGUACGAAUCUUCCUCGAUAUCAGAACUCGAUCACACGAGUUUCUCCCUGCGUGAUGUAAGUCGCGAUGAUGUGUCGAUUUUCCUUCUAAAUAGUAAUCUAGUUUUAACGAUCGUCCAAUGGGGUGAGAGGAUCGGAUAAUCGAUCUCUCUCGUAAACCCGUCGGUGAACUCAGUUGUUCGAUAUUAUAAGCAAACAAGCAAAGAAUAAAAAAAAAAAGAAAUAAAAAAUUUCGUCAACUUCGCGGUCGUCGAAGAUGUCAGGCCGGAAAAAGAUGAUGAUGAUGAUAAUGAUGAUGAUGAUGAUGAUGAUGAUGAUGAUAAUGAUGAUGAUGAUUGAUGAUUGAUGAUGAUGAUGAUGAUGAUGAUGAUGAUGGUGAUGAUGAUGAUGAUGAUUGAUGAUGAUGAUGAUGGUGAUGAUGAUGAUGAUGAGAAAAAAGAAUGGGAAAAGUACGAAGACCUUCUAGUGAACCACGGAGACGCAGGUGAUUAAGGAACAAUGUAAAGUAGGGAGAUGAAGCGUCUCUCUCGUUCCAUUGGUCGAGCGCUGUGGCUACCGUGUAGUCGAACAAAUGUAUCCAUUAAUUUCCGGGUUGUCUGGUGUGUAGUAUGAAUGUACUAUGUGGUUGAAUAUUUAAUUAAAUCGAGAGAAAGAGAGGAAAGAAGAUAGAGUAAACGGAAGAAAAAGAAUCGAUCGAAAUCGAAAGUUUUAGGGGUGCGAAAAAACGAGAGUGAAAAUGGUAAAACUCGACGAGAAUACAUUUAAAUUUUCUCCUCGAGGUUUUCCUAUUUCUCUUUGUGCACACAUUUCACAAUUUCUUAUCCUUUCCCUUUUUCGUUAUAUUUUCCUUUCUUUCCUCGAAUAAGUUUCACCGUUUUCGUCGUGUGAGAGCCACUCUCGAGGACGGAUGAUCUAGAAGCGACGUGUACAGGACACGACAUGCGAAACAUAACGAUUAAUUAGACGAACAAUUGUAAAUAAUAAGUUGAGACGAUUUUUAGGCGUAACGAAAGGGGAGAAGAAAAAAUAAAAGAUAACACAUUGUAAAACACACCGCAAUAGUGAUCCACGCUACACGCUAAACGAUAUUACGCAUGGCAGAACGAAUGAAUACUUAUAAAUAUUUGAUAUUAGGUAAUGAAGAACAAGAAAAGAAAACUGGUGCCCUAAACGCGGGCGAUACAUAAGUACUAUAUACAUAUAUAAAUAUUAUACAUAUAUAUAUAGAUAUAUAUAUUAUAUAUAUUAUUAUAUCGAGGCGUACAAGCAGUAUGUGCGUUUUCCAGCACAGAUAGUUGGUAUUUUGUGUACAAAAAAAGGAAACAAGAAGAAGGAAGAAAAAAAAUUGCGUAAAAAGCGAACCAGGGAGAAAAAUUGUUGGAUAUUUUCGCCGCGCUCUGUCCAGUCUGCGUGAUUAUUAUUAUUAUUAAUAUUAUUAUAUUAUUAUUGUAUUUUAAUUAUUAUAAUUUUAAAUUUAUUAUUAUUGUAUUAUUAUUAUUAUCAUGAUUUAUGUAGGAGAUGCGCGAUAAAAUUAUUUAUCAGCGCCGACAAACGUCACUGUCGAGUCGAUCGUUCGCGACGAUCGAACCAGUACGUUUCCGACCACAUUUUUGAGCAAACCGAAAAUGCAGAAAUUUUCCUUCCGUAAAAAAAUACACACUCCCUCUCUCUCUCUUUCUCUCUCUCUCUUUCAUCUUAUCGGACGUCUCUGCCACGAUCGAUUGGUCGAUCCCAUUGAAAUUCGCCAUCGACUUUUGCUCUCCAUCUCCUUCGCCCCGUGCAAUUUCGAUUUGCUCUUGAUCCUCGUACAUCUUAUCGUGUGUACAAGCUCGAUUUACUCACGUUCCGCGAAAUUCCCAUUAUCGGAACAUAAUAACGCCUCUGUAAAUUAAAUAUCAUUUGGCAAUCAACACUGUUCUAAAGCAUCUGACGUUAUUUAAUAUUUCAUUGAAUAAUUUUUGUAUGGAAAUAUUUCGAAAAUUUAAGACAAAUUUUUAUCUAUGCCACAUUUUUUAAUCAAAAGAUUGAUAUUUUGGCAUUUUUGAAUGAAUAAAUUAUGAAAUAUAUUGAAAAAAUUCGAAGAUGUCCUGGGUUAAAAGAUUAUGACAUUAUGGUAUUGGUGCAGUGAUUUCAACGCGUGGCAAUGACAUCACCACUCAACGUUCUACCACGUAUUUACCACGUUCUACUACGCCAUUUGAACAUUCGCAUUUCUAACAUUCUAUUUCAAAUUCAGAUUUUUAUUCGCCCAAACUUUACAAAUCGUCCGAAAUAAUUUUACAAUUACAUCGUAAGAAUCAAAUACUGUGACGCCAAUAGCUAUUUAAAUAUGCGAAAUUUCUCAUAAUUCUAUUAAUUACGCUUCAAUAAUAAUCGAACAAUAAUUGUAAUAAUAAUUACGAUGGAUAUUUGUGAAAUUCAAAACAAAUGUAUUGAGAGAAAUGAAUGAUCCUAAUAAAUAAUCGUUUCAAGAAGCCAACUAAAGAAAUAAAAUUCGCGGACCGUGUAAAAAAUCGAGCACACGCUCUAGCUACAUAACAAAACAAAGAACAAAUAAAGAAGCAUGAGGGAAAAAAGUCAGGCUGUAAAAAGAAAUUGUCGCGAUCGGUGGCCGUGCCAAACACGGCCGAUUCUACUUGUAUCAUAAUCUCUUACGAUAACGCUAUUAUUAAACAAUAACGAAACAGUAACAACAAUAAGGUAACUCGUAAUUUAAGGGAGUAUGAAGAGGGAUGAACGAGUAGUUGAAUGCGAGCGAAAGAGCGUCUGUGUGAAUAAAUCUCGUGCGACGAGUACGCGAUUUAGUGAUCGCUGUAUCACUAAGAGAAGCACCUCGUAGCUACGAACGGGCUUCACGGCUUUCAGUUGCUGGUCUCGCGAUUUUAUUUACUUCUGCUCAACCCUAUGUAUCUGUCCAACCUUUAUUUCCAACGAAACCAUCGAUCUUCUAAAAACGUCUUAAGAAGAUAGAAGGAAAAACCAAUGAUUUCUUUCCUCCAUGCAAUAAAACAGCCAAAAAAGAGGAAGGUAUAUCGCCAAGAAAUUAAAAAGAAAAAAAGACACGAGACCAGUGCCUGCGGCCGGCCCAAAGGAUUUUUACCAAAACGACUCCGCGAGCAGCGGAGUGGAAGCAGUUAUAUAAAAUUAGACGUAAUUAUUGAAUUUCGUUCAAUUUUGUAAACUAAGUCGAAGCGUGUCUAGCCGACGAUUGAGCCGUGCUUUCUCAAGGGCCGGUUGUCGUCGACAAAUAAGACGGCGACAACGUGUUUCGUCAGCUUCGCGUGUGGUUUGAAUUUUGUAAAACGCGGACGCGUCCCGCGAACGAUCACUGGCACAUUGAAACAACGAUCUCAUUGUCAGUAAAAAUUAAACCCUAUCCCAAUUUUUCAAUGUUUUAUAUUAACUAUAUUCUAAUUUCUCUCUCUCUUUCUCUCUCUCUCUCUCUCUCUCGUCAUUUAUAUUAUCCCUUGAUUUCCGUCGUACCCACUGUUCAUAAAAUUAAAUUCGAACGGCGACUUUAAUUCUGUAUAUUAAACAAUUAGUCUGCCAUUCCUCUCGUAGUUUAGUUAUUCUUUUAUUUUAAUGUGUUUGUUAUUGAUAAAAUCAUUGUGUAUUUAUUGUUAGAAAAACUGGUUUCAUUGCAUGAGCUAGGCUAAUAAUGAAACGUAGUACAUUUUGUUUCUUCGUGUUUUUUGAAAUUUUAUAUUGUAGAAUUCUAUGAAAGUUUUUAAUAACUUUUUCUUUUUUUUUUUUAUGAAUGGUAUAAGAUUAAGGACGGUAAUGAUAUAGGAAAUUGUUGCGAUCCUUCGUGUUUCAAUCAAUUUUAUUAUUUUUAGGAGAUUUCUGUUAAGAAUUGAUCGCUUUUUAAUAAUGUUAAUAUAAUUUUAUUUCCUUUUAUUCCACUUUUUAUUGAUGUUUGAAUUCAGACCAGAGACAGAAAGAAACAUUCGACCAGUGAUCGCUUGCUGACGCGUCGUUCGGGACGUAAUUUGAAGGAAUGCGUUGUAUUAUAUAUCGAGAAACCCUUUAAGUGUAAGAAUAAUAAUGUAUAUAUAAUAAUUAUUACCAUAAAACUUCGAUUGAUUGCACUCCCAGGCGAAAAAAGGAGUUGUCUCCCCUCGUCUAAGAAGAAGGAGCAAAAAACGAAAAGUAACAAAAAUUGAAACGUGUGAAGAUGAACGAAGACGAAGCAACAAAUCUCAAAAUGGUACAUUCGUGGAUACACAAUGGAUACAAAUGGGGGAAAAACGACAUGAAACGGCAACAAAGAAGAAAAAAAUGAAAAGAAGAAAAGAGAAGUGUUCUCGCAUUGAUUUCAAAUAUGAAGAAAUGUAUAAGAUAAAAAAAAAGACGCUGCGUUUUUCGAUCCAGAUUCGUUCUGUUUUUUUGUUGUUAGUUUGUACGCACUACGAUUUAUCGCAAUUUAUUGUAUUAUCGAUGAAAUACUGUAACAAAAAUACUGUUAACUAUUCUUAAAAAAAUUAAAACUUUUGUAAACUGAGA